ACAACUUGUAACAAAUGGAUGGGUAAUAGUAGUAAUACCCACAAUCUGUAACAAGUCCGCAACAGGGGCACCCUGUAUGAGGUUGCCCAUGGAAGACGGGGCAGGGCAAGAAUUGGUACCAUGACGUCAUAUCACGACACGUGUUUGGUUCUCAAGCCUCCGCACUCUCUCCCUCCCCAGUAUAAAUUGGAGUCCUGGGCUUUACCUCUUUCGGCAAUUUGAAAGCAUUUCUCUCAAUUUCUCAUACCAUCAAUCAUCAUCAAUUCUCUUAAUCUCUCUCUGUUUCUUAACUUUUAAUUAGUAAUAAGCUUUCUCUCUCUCUAGAAAAAUGUCUUGCUGCGGAGGAAACUGUGGGUGCGGAUCUGACUGCAAGUGCGGCAGCGGCUGUGGAGGAUGCAAGAUGUACCCUGACUCCGAGCAGACCACCACUCAGACCCUUAUUGUUGGUGUUGCACCCCACAAGACACACUUUGAGGAAUUUGAGAUGGGAGCCGAGAACGAUGGCUGCAAGUGCGGAGCCAAUUGCACCUGUGAUCCUUGCACCUGCAAAUGAGAGUCUCUCUCCAAGUACCAGACUUCAGCAGAGAUAAUCAUCGACGACGAUGAUCUAGUCGCAUAUAUGUCCUACAUAUGUGUUGUAGUUGUAUGUUUACGCUUCUUAGCAGUAUAUCUAUGAAGCUUUUAAUCACUGAGAAUAAAGUGGCCAUGGUUUCAUGGUCACUUGUUGUUUAGGUUCUUACUAUGUUCGAGUUUGAAUGACUACAUGAAAACUACUUAUUUA